UCUGGAGGCUGCAGCUAAGACCAAACACACCCAUCGGGGCUUCUCCAAGACAUCUGGCUCUCUGUCCUCGCUGGGCAGGACAUGGGGAGCUAACUGGCUGGAGGCCUUGGGGAGCAGAGAAGAACCACCUCUGUGCAGAAGAACAACCACUUUGCUUUCCAUUCUGCCACCUUGAGACAACCACAUCCUCCUCACGCUCCCCACAGGCUCCCAUGGAGAGCUCAGAUGUGGAGCUGGACCUCCAGAGGAGCGUGCAGGCUGUGCUCCGGGAGCUCAGCGCCCAGGCCCCCGCCCUGCAGAGCAACCAAGGCAUGUGGAGAUGGUCCCUGCACAAGAAGGUCGAGCGAGAUCCUGGUAAGAGUCCGGCGCUGGUCCGCAUUCUGCUCCGAGAACUGGAGAAGGCAGAAAGCGAGGACCUCCGGCAUGUCAUCAUACCCUUGCUGCAUACUCUAAUGUAUGUGCUCACUAAGGCCACAGGUAUCACGGAGCAGCUCCACCAGAGGACCUACGCCCUCUGCACGAGGUUACUGACCCUGCCCACGCCCUACUGCACCAUCGCCUUGGACUGCGCCAUCAGGCUGAAAACAGAGGCAGCCGUCCCAGGGACGCUCUACCAAAGGAUGGUCAUCGCCGAACAGAACUUGACGAAUGAACUGUAUCCCUACCAGGAGAGAGUGUUCCUCUUCGUGGAUCCCGAGCUGGUGUCUGCCUCCGUGUGCAGCGCCCUGCUCCUGGAGAUAGAGGCGGCCCAGGAGCAGCAGACACCAGAGGCCUGCAUGCGCCACGUGGUCUCCCACGCCCUGCAGGCGGCUCUGGGGGAGGCCUGCCACGCGGGGGCUCUGCACAGGAAGCUGCAGGCCAGCUCCCGCCGCACCCUGGAGCACUAUUUCCACGCCGUGGUGGCAGCCGUGGAGCAGAUGGCCGGCGAGGCCAGCCCGAGCCGGGCGGAGCAUCUGGAGAGGCUGGAGGAGAUUUACUGCUCGCUGCUGGGCCCGGCGGCCGCGAGGGGGCGCUGCGGCGGUGACCCUGUCCAAGACCGGCCACCUGGCGUCCCCCUGCCCAGCCCCUGCAUCACGUUCCACCUGUGGGCCGGCGAGGACCAGCUCUGGAAGGAGUUGGUGCUCUUCCUCCGCCCGCGGUCCCAGCUACGCCUCAGUGCUGACUUGGAGGCCUUGGACCUGCAGGGCCUCCGUCCAGACCAGGAGCUGGCCCGGGUGUCCGUGCUGUCCACCGACAGCGGCAUCGAGCGGGACCUUCCCUUGGGGGCCGAUGAGCCACCUGCUCCCGGCAGCCCUGAGAUGGAGCACGCUGGGCUGCAGCGCAAGGGGGGCAUCAAGAAGCGUGUGUGGCCCCCGGACUUCCUGAUGCCUGGCAGCUGGGACGGGCCCCCAGGGCUGCACCGGAGGACAGGCAGGCCCAGUGGGGACGGGGAACUGCUGCCUGGUGUUUCCCGGCUGCACACGGCCCGGGUGCUGGUGCUGGGGGACGACAGGAUGCUGGGGCGCCUGGCCCAGGCCUACCACAGACUCCGGAAACGGGAGAGCCAGAAGUUUUGCCUCACGCCCAGACUCAGCCUGCAGCUCUACUACAUCCCAGUGCUGGCGCCCGAGGAGCCUGCAGCAUCCAGGCAGCCAGAGCUGGGAGAGCUGGCCGCGUUCCUGGGCCGCGCGGACCCAUGGUACGAGAGCACAGUCAACACCCUGUGCCCCGCCAUCCACAAGCUGGCUAAGAUGCCUCCCUCCCUGGACAUGUCCCGGACUGUGGACCCCUUCCUCCUGGAUGUCAUCACCUACUAUGUUCGCAUGGGCAACCAACCCAUCUACUUCCAGAUCUACACGGUCAAGAUCUUCUUCGGUGACCUGAGCCAAGACCCUGCAGAGGACAUUUUCCUCACUGAGCUGAAGGUGAAGAUCCAAGACUCCAAAUUCCCCAGAGAUGGCUUUUCGCCCAGGAGGAGAGGCGUGGCCGAGGGCCCCGGGGCGGAGCUGUCCAUGUGCUACCAGAAGGCCCUGUUCAGCCACCGGCCCCGAGAGGUCACCAUUUCCCUGCGGGCCACUGGUCUGGUCCUGAAGGCCAUUCCAGCCAGUGAUACGGAAGGGCCCUCCCAGCACCCUGCAACUGCUGCCCCUGUGACAGACCAUACAUGUCUGAAUGUCAGUGUGACAGAGGCCGUCAAGUCCUCCAACCUGGCGGGAAGGUCCUUCUCUACAGUGACAAACACCUUCCGAACAGCCAACAUCCAGAUCCAGACCCAGGACCAGAGGCUGCUGACACUGUUGCUGGACAAGGACAACCAGCGUACUUUCCGGGAUGUGGCCAGAUUGGAGGUUGCUCCCUGCCCAGAGCCAUGUUCCGGAGCCCAGAAGUCCAAGGCACCGUGGAGCAGUUCACAUGGGCAGAAGGAGAUGGAAACAGUCAAAGCCAAGCCCAAACCCCUUCUGAUGCCCAUCAACACAUUCUCUGGUGUCGUCCAGUGAGCCUUGUGGGGGCAGCAGAAGAGCUGUGUCCAAGGGCGGCAGGCCCAAGAGGAAGGAUGCACUACCCCGCCAGCCCCCAGACACUCACACCAACAGCCAGGAUAGGGCCAGCUCCACGGGGCAGCUUCUGGCCUUGAGCAGGAGCCAGCAAGUGCCUGGGAGCACAGGGAGCCUGCCGUGGGGGCAGGGGUGAUGGAGAAGGGCCCGCACGAAGGCCCGAGGACUGCGCAGGCAAAGCUGCAGCCACAGAGAGCACACGUGCAAAGCCCAGCUUCUCACACGAAUGUCCACUCCUCCACUCGUUUUCCACUCCCACUUCUCCCACCGCCUUCUCCCACGCAAGCUCACCUCCCAGCCCUUGAAACCAAGGUUAGAGCUGCUGUUUUGCCAGAGCCCUAUGGCCCAGGGGAAAUGGAAGCAGGCAAAGCCUGCAGCACCUCCCUCCCAGCCUCUUCCCUCCCUGCUCUUGGGCCACUGCCCAGUGCACCCACCUCCAGGCAGGGGCCUCUCCCAGUAGAGAGGAGAAUGUCAGAUUCAAUAAAUGCACACUAAACUGUUUCUGCUUUCA